AUGGCAGUGUAUUUUUGGUGUGGAGGCAUUGCUCCAGCAUACGCCACUUUCCAAGAAAUUAUGGUGGUGGAGUAUGGUGUCCAAAUCAUUCGGCUACAAACUCUGAGGGUUCACAAUGUUUUACACAUCAGUUUAUUGAGAAUAUAA